AUGGGAAGAGCUCCUUGUUGCUCUAAAGUAGGGUUGCAUAGAGGUCCAUGGACUCCCACGGAAGACACAUUGCUCGUCAACUACAUUCAAACUCACGGAGAAGGUCACUGGAGAUCCCUCCCUAAGAAAGCAGGACGGCUCCCCGGUCGAACCGAUAACGAGAUUAAGAAUUACUGGAACACCCAUCUCAGCAAACGUCUUUUAAGCCAAGGGACCGAUCCCAACACCCACAAGAAGCUACCGGACCCGGUCGUGGUUGAGGUUCAACCGGUGAGGAAGAGAAAGAAGAGCACCUCCAGCAGCAGCAAACCGAAAAAACCAGCCGAGCCAGAAAAACAACACAAAAUCCAUCUCCCCAAACCCAUUCGAGUCACGGCUUCGGUUCAGUGUACCAACACAUUCAGCACGGUGUCUUCCAGCCAAGGAGGAGGAGAGGGUUUUUCUGGUUAUUAUAACAACGAUGAUCGUGAUCUUAUCAACGGCUCAGGUUUCGAGUGUCAAUCUCAUCAUCGUCAUCAUCAUCAUCAAGUACCUGGUACCGAAGAUGAAACCAAUUCUCUGGACAAGCUUUACGAAGAGUAUCUGCAACUUCUUAAGACAAAUGAAGAUCAAGUGCAGUUGGAUUCUUUUGCAGAAUCAUUAUUCAUAUGA